AUGCCCGAGGUGUACCGCGAGUCCCGCUAUGUGCGGGAGCGGGACGCCUCUCCAUCCUCCGACGAGGGUUACAAGAGGACGACAGUGCGCCGUUACAAGGUGACGCCGGACCGUGUUGAGCGGGUCGAGCGCGAGGUCGACAUCGUUGAGGAGGAGCGCCGCAGCCGCUAUGCCCCCAUUCGCCGUUCCAGCCGGGACGAGAUCAUCGAUCGUCUCUACAUUCCUGAGCGACCCCGGUCUGCCUACGACCCCUCUCCCCACAGCGCAACCUAUGUUGAGCGCCAGGUCAUUGAACGCGAGCGUGAGCGCGAACCCAGAGACGAGCAUUACACCCGGGUUGAUCGGGUAGAGUAUCGCGGGGACGGGCCCCGGGGUGCGGUAGUCGAGCGGGAGCGAGUCAUCGAGCGCGAUGACCGGGACCUCCCAUACCCCACCGAGCGAACGCGCACUGUGGUCGAGAGAGAGGUGGUGGAGCGGGACCGUGACGACGACUACCAUCGCAGCAGCGACAGAGAUCGCGGGAGGGUGGUGUACGAGUCGACCAAAGAAGUUGAACGAGUCGAUCGCAACGAUGUCUACUCGCCAAGGGACUGGGAGCGCCGCUCGUACUGGGACGACGAAAAGGAGACAGAGGUGCGAGUCGAGAAGAGAGUCGAGCACCGGGACGGUGGCGAGGUUCGCGUUGAACGCCGGGUCGAAGAGCGCCGCGAUGAUGGCUACCCCAGCGGAACUGCCGAGGUUGAGCGCUGGCGCAAGGAGACCGAGUAUUAUGAACCCGCCCCGCCACCUCCCGCUCCCAUCGUCAUUCGCCAGCGCGCUCCGGAGCAGAAGAUCAUUGUUCAAGAGGCUCCUCCAGCAACUGUUGUGAUUCGGGAACAAGCUCAAGAACCCAGGGAGAUUACUGUCGCUCGCCGGGGAUCGCGCGAUGGGGAGUACUACUACCACCGCGAAUCUCGUGAGAUUGGCCCUUACCGAGGAGAGCUCCGCGAGGAAGAGGUCGCGGUUGCGCGCUAUGAUGAUGAUCAUCGACACCGUCACCACCACCAUCACCACCAUCGCCGCCACCACCACCACGGAGGCUACAGUGACGCCGAAUCGGAUGACGGCUACUACCUGAAGCGCACCGUCACUCGAAGAGAACGCAGCGAAUCGAGCAGCCCUCACCGGAAGCGCCAUCUGGCUGAAGGCGCUCUAGCUGGAGCCGGUAUCGGUGCUCUUCUUGCUUCAAAGCGCGACGGGCAAGGUGAGUUCAAGCAACACCGCGGCCGCAAGGUCCUUGCCGGUGCUGCGCUUGGCGCCCUUGGCACCGAGGUCGCGAGGCGCGCACACAGCGCUUACCAGGAGCGGUUCGAAGACGAGAGGGAGAGAGAACGCUCUCGGUCUCGCUCACGCCCGCCGCAUUCGAGGCUCAAAACCGGCCUGGGCAUCGCCGCUGUCGCUCUUGCAGCUGCCGGGGCCGCCAAGUACUACCAGAGCAACAAAAUUGAAAAGGAGGAGGCGACCCGUGGCCGGGCUCUCCACCGCGACAGUGACAGCGACCGGUCGCCGAGCCGGAAGCGGUCCAAGAGCCGAGCCUCAUCUCUUGCCAAGGCCGGCCUAGGCACGGCAGCCGUUGCCGGGCUGGUCCAGCACUACCGCCACAAGAGCAAGACGAGAAACGGCAAGAGUCGCUCACGAUCGCGCGUCCGCACCGGUGCCGAGAUCUUGGCCGCUGGCCUGGCAGGCGCCGGCGCCAAGAAAUUGUAUGACCGUCACAAGGAGAAGAAGGAGGGAGAGCACGAGCGCGAGCUUGACCGCCAAGUCAGCGAUGAUGACUAUUACGACCGCGACGCGCGCGAUUACAACCGCCGCAGCAGGAGUAGGAGCUUGACUCGGUCCGGACCCACGUACCCCGACGGUGACCCUUCGGUAGCUGAUCCUGAGCUAGGCAUGGUUGAGUACGGGGCCCACCCGCUGCCCGUGUACCCAGAGUAUGGGCACGAUACGGGGCGAGGAGCGGCAGCGGGGUAUGACUCUGCGGCAGAGGACAGGAGCCGCAGGCGCCGGAGGAGGCACAGAUCGAGGGGUGACGACGACUAUUCUGCAGAUAGCGAGGCGGAGACGGACCGUGAUAAAAAGACGGCCAAGAAGCGCAGCGGGAGUAGGCUGCGGGACCUCGCUGCGGGCGCUGCGGCAGCUGGCGCAGCAGCCAUUGGUAUCAAAAAAUACAACGAUAAGAAAGACAAAGGGAAGGAGAAGGAGAGGGAUGAGAAGGAGCGUGAGAGAGACAGGGCGAGGGACAGAGAAAGGGAAAGGGAGACGGAGAGGGAGAAGGGGAGGGAAAGGGACCGGCGGCGUUACGGAGACGAUGUCCCCGCAGAUGAUUACGACAACUAUGGUCGCCGGGCGCCAUCACCACUUCACGCUUCCGGCGGAUAUUACAAUCCUCCCCCUGCGGCGCCUCCGGGUUCAACCAAUGGCUUCACUCAACAUCCCAACGUCCCCAUCGACAAUCUCAACCAGCAUUACGCACCAUACCCGCCGGAUACAGCCUACACACCCUACUCCCCGCCCAUGCCGGGUCCGCCCCCAAACUCAGCCACAACGACGGGCGCCGUGCCUCCACCGACAGACCGCCCGGGCCCUGAACAUGUGAGUGAAGCUUCUUGUGUUGGUCGUUCCACUCCAGAACCAGGCGCUGCCGUUCGCUCCGUUGACAAGGAUGGUAUAAUCCCAUCCGUCGCAUACGCUCCUCCUCAUCCUCGCCCUCCUCCUCCUGCGGCCUCAGAGUCCGUUCCAGAAGACGCGCCUCGCACGCCCAAAUCUGUCGUCUUCAUCCCCCUGUCGCCCAAGUCGUCGGCCACACUCCGCCGCCACCACGAGGAGCACGCAAGCAAGUCCGAGACCGAGGACAUACCCAGCGAAAGUGACGACGACGGCGACGAAGAUCGGGAUAAGGGACUAUCAGCGGACAAGGAACCCGGCAGCACAUCAUCACGCCGGCGCCGCCGUAAGUCGGACCCGUCAUCGGACCGGGCCCUGGCUCCUCCCGUUCUCCGGUCGCGCGACAACAGGGACACUGCUUCUUCAUUCUCUGAGCCUCCCGAGACGGAUGACGAGGAAGUAAUUGAGAUGCUUCCGGACCGGUUUGAUGCGCAGGGCCGUCCUCUUGAUGAUGGGUCUGAACCUUCUUCUUCUUAUUCUUCCCGGGGGUGGCACAGCCGGCGCGGCGACUUUGAGUACCGGAGUCCUCGCGGUAGCACCGACAAGGGGGGGUUGAACAUGCGUGGUGAGUGGGGCGUGGCGGGGACGGAUGCCGAGGUGGUGGAGCGGGUUGUGCAGCGCGUUACGGGGGUGUUGGAAGGUAGGGGUAGUUGGUGGGGUUUGAUCGGGGGCAUUCUGAGCGGGAGUUUGUUGCAUAGUGGUUCGGCGACGGCGGAUGAAGGUGGUGGUGGUGGCGAGGGACAAGGGACGAGGAGGAUAUCGGAUCGUUUGGUAAGGGAUCAGAAGACGAGUCGGGAUGAUAAUGAUGAGGAUUGGGGUAGGCGGCGGCGGAGGCGGGAGGAGGGGAGUAGUAGGCAUGCGGACGACAGGCGGAGGGAUGAUUAUGAUGAUGACCGCUAUGAUGAGGAGAGGAAACGGAGGCGGCGGCGAAGGGGGAAGGAGCAACCGUAUGACAUGGGAGUGGACAGGGCGCACACUUGGGGAUGA